AUGGCGCACAUCCCAGAGUCUCCGAGUGAGACCUCGGAGACCAUUGAGACAGGUCCACAAACGGUCUCUGAGACCAUUGAGACAGGUCCACAAACGGUCUCUGAUGGACUUGAAGAAAACAGAGACGAUGAAUAUGUGAUGGCGUCGGCUUCUGCAAGCUUGCCAGAAGAGUCGGCCGAGGCAGAGAUGAUGGUUGCGGGCGCAGAGACCUCGGCAAAUCCGGAUGCUGGACCGGACUUGGCGGACCCUUCACCAAAAGCUUUGGAGAGCCAAGAAACUAACUUCAUGGUCCCCACAGCCCUGCAGCCAGAGCACAGCAAUGCCAGUGAAGUCAGCAAGCUGCUGCUAGUCUCUGACACGGGCUACAGCUAUCCACAGUUUGUGGAGCGGUUCAAAGACACGUCUGCCCAGCCGGUCGUCAAUGAAGUUCGAGACUUCGUGAACAGAUUCCCUGCCAAUCUUACUCGUUUACAAGCAGCCCGUCGCAUCCACGCCUUCCUGGCCGAGGUCACUCCGAAGCUUCUUGCAGCCCAGGCUUUCCGCGAUGGCGAACAAAGCGGGCAAAACGCAUCGGAGUUAGCGAAUGAAGGCCUUGAGAAAUUUGUUGUUCUCAAACUCUACAAGUUGCUCUACCGCCAUGAUCCCGCGGAUAUCCGCGAGGACGAGCGAGUGGAACAGGCCCUCCGUGCCGGUGUCGGCAAAGGUGCUAACACGAUUCAAGCAGCAGUCUCCAAGUUCGAUGCGAAGCAGCUCGAGGUUUUUGAUGCUGCAGCUCUGGAACUGCGCCAAGUGGAGCAAUACAGAGCGCCAAGAGAUAAGCUGAGCUGCUUUGUAAAUGCGAUCCGGCUUGUGGAAAGCAUUGUCGUGGAGCGCGUCUUCCGACAAAAGGGGGAUGCGGGCCAACAAUCGACCUGGGAGCAGCUGUUGGCUGCACUCAUUCUGAAAGCCUCGCCCCCAAAUCUGUAUUCCAACCUUGAGUUUACAGCGGCUUUCAGGCACCCAUCACGCAUGAGCCAUGACGAAGGGAAGGCCUUGGGCGACUUAGCAUGUGCAUUCCUCACAGUUAUCGGCGGCAGCAGCCGCCGUCUCAGCUCUGCUAAACUUGCCGAGAACUCCACUGAUUCUGGAGAUGGCUUGCCUUUAUGGCUGAUGGAUGCCGGAGUCACGUUCAAUUUUUCGGAUCGCUCUGCAGACGACUUAUCAAUUGGGGAGGUGGAUGAGCUACUGGAUGAAUACCAAAAGAUGAUCCGAGCACUAAGAGACCUCGUUGGGCCUCAGGCCCAAAAGACCGCAUGA